AGCAACUUUAACGCACAUUUAUUAUACCACAAUAUCACACCCAAUACAAAAACAGAGUCAAACCCAAACCCAAAUCCAGAUCACCAAUGGAGGCAGAGAUACUAAACUUCAUCAAAAUCUGGUCAUUAGCAAUAGCAUCAGCCUGCUAUUCAUACUCACUUUCUAGAAUCUUCCAUAUCCCCCCAAACCUUCUUAGAUUCUUCUUCAUCCUUCCAAUCAUCUACCUCUUCACCAUUCUCCCUCUAUCUCUAACUUCCUUCCAUCUUGGUGGGCCCACUAUCUUUUACCUUGUUUGGCUUGGUAACUUUAAACUCCUUCUUUACUCCUUUGAUCUUGGUCCUCUUUCUAGUAAUCCAAACAUCUCCUUAUCUCAUUUCAUAUCUAUUGCCCUUUUACCUAUAAAAGUCAACUCUAAACCUCCCCAGAAAUGGAAACUUUUUAGAUCUCUUCUAUUUUUAGCAAAAUUACUUGUUUUUUUUCUUGUGGUAAAAAUUUAUGAUUAUAAACAAUUUUUACCUAAAUUUGUUCUCUUGAUUAAUUAUUGUUGUCAUCUUUACCUUGGUGUUGAGGUAACUUUAGCAAUUACUGCUUUUUUUGUUUGGGCCACUUUGGGCUUGGGCUUGGAGGCCCAAUUUAAUGAGCCUUAUUUGACUACUUCACUUCAAGAUUAUUGGGCCCGUCGAUGGAAUCUUAUGGUUUCGGAUAUCCUACGGUUGUCCGUUUAUGACCCGAUUCGUCGGGUCUUAUUUCAAUUGGUUGGUAAAAAGUUAGCCCGACUAUGUGGGAUGGUUGGGGCAUUUAUUGUAUCUGGGCUUAUGCAUGAGGUAAUAUACUUUUAUUUUACACGUGUGAGACCCACGUGGGAAGUCACGUGGUUUUUUGUGCUGCAUGGCGUGUGCACCGCAGUUGAAGUGGCGGUCAAAGAAGCGGUCAAUGGUCGAUUUCGGUUGCAUCGGGUGGUUUCGGGUUUGUUGACGAUUGGGUUUAUUGGUGUCACGGCAUGGUGGCUUUUCCUCCCUCAAAUUUUGCGGAAUGGUGUAGAUGUAAAAUGUUUUAAUGAGUAUCCUAUUAUGUUCAAUUUUUUUAAUGAAAAUAUGUUGUAUUUUUUUAAAUGAUUAUUUUAUGGAAUGCAAAAUUGUGAGCAUUUAUAUU